UCGAUGCUUUUGACUACUGUACGUGUGGGGACGGUUUGUAAGGAGGUAACUUCAAAUAUAGCAGUUUACGUACGCUAUUAAAUCUGAUAAUGCGAUUAAUGUAUUUGUAUUUUGAGUAUAAUCGCGUAAAUACUCUAGUAGCCACGGUAUCCACACUAUAGUAUUGUUUAUUGUUGCAGUGUUAACUGUACAGCCGAUUUCCAAAGAUGGAUCGUCGGAUUGGCAGCUGGUCGAGUUUCUUCAUGUCAUAAUUCGCAUCCUACCAUGCAGGCAAGACUUUGAAAAGCCAAUUGCGAUACUCUAGCCGUGAACUAAGUUCGGUGAAUUAGAAAAGCAUAGAGAGCACCAUGGCGGGUCACGGAGACAAGGAACAACUACUUAAAAAUGACUCGGAAGAAGUAACCCCAACAGUACAGCUGUCUCCUGGGCAUAGACGGCUUCGUUCUUUGAGUGGAGAAAGCUACGGGGGCAGGCAAAGUACAGAGAAACCGAUCUUCUCCUUCGAGAAUGUUGAGACUGGACAUACAGUGACAGUGAAACAAGACUCUCCAGUUGAUAGCUACCACAGCAGUCAUGCCUCGCUGGCUAGCGCUGUACGCAGGAGCAGUAAUUUGUCAGUCGGCGUACACGACAUGCUGGCCGUUCCUAGUCCCCAGGUGACAGGUAGGCUUCGCAGUAUUACGAGAGCGUACCCGGGUGGUACGCUCCAGCAGUACCCUGGGUCUUACCGUAGCAGCCGUAUUGACUGGAGCCGGGAAGUGGUGACGAGCGGCAUCGUCAUAUCAGUGCUGCCCGACGGCAUGCAGGCUAGCGGGCUUGACGAGCGUCUUCUAAGAGGCACUAAGACUAAGGUGUUGGUGUCUGAGAGCGUCUGCUGUGAUGACGUGUAA